AUGUCAUGGCACACUGGAGCGUGCAAUAGCCGCAAUCCAACCAUCUUUGCUCUUGCCGAGCUGAGGGAUAGACUCCAGCGGAAGGUGUUUGUAUUUCCUGACACAACCACCGGAAGCUACAUUGUGGUGCUCAUCCACAAUCCACAAGCUCAGCUCUCAUUUGCAAAGGCAGGGGAUGAUAAGUGGACCUGGCUACCACCUCAUUAUCUUCACGACGACUGCAUUUACAAGGACGGCAUAUUGUAUGCAGUGAAUGUAAAAGGGGAACUCCACGCAUUCGAUCUUAGUGGCCCUGUGGUCACUAUGAAGACGAUUAUAAUGAUACCUGAGCAUUAUGAUUGUUGUAGCAGGUACGUCGUUCAAGCUCCAUGGGGCAGGCUGCUACUUGUUUUUAGAAUAGUUCAUGACCAUGAUUUAGAACCUCAGCCUGGUGCAUCUGAGUACUGGAAGACUACAAAAAUUAAAAUAUGCGAAAUUGAUUCUCUGUGGAAUAAAACUGAGGCAAUCAAUUGCUUGCGUGACCACGUGUUAUUUCUUGGUCAUAAUCUAUCGCUAUGCCUCAGUGCUGAUGAAUAUCCUGCUCUCAAGGCAAAUCGUUCCUAUUUUACCGACGAUAAUUUUCUAUGGACAGUGGGACAUAAGAACAGUCAUCGUGAUAUGGGAAUUAUUAGCUUGGAUGAUAACAGCAAGGAGGAACUUUUGUCUCCUCAGCUUUGGUCCAACUGUCCAGCUCCAAUGUGGAUUAUUCCUGAUCUUAGAAAGAUCAACGCGAUGGGCGCAAUGAGCCAACAACUGUGA